AUGCCUGGAACUCUUCCCAUAAAUGAACUAUGUAAAUCACCAAACAAAAGUACUGUAAAUACUGAACAAGUUUCGCCGUCUAAAACAAUAAGCAGUUCAUCUGCAAAACAUGUCCCUACUCCUGCAUCUAAAGAUUUUGGAAUGAUGCCUAGAAAACUUUGGAAAUCACCUUUGAAGAAUGGGAAUCAUGAAAUGACAUCAAAUCCUCAAAGUGCUUCUGAUGGUCCCUCCACUUCAUCACCAAAUUCUUCAAUCUCUACGAGACUGUUAGAAAACAAGCAUAAUCUGUCUCCUGUUUCUUCAUCAGGAACUCCGCAGUUUUUGAAACAAAGAUUAUCCUCUAAAGGACCUGGAAGUGAUCAAAGUAAAGUCUUUUCUACUGAUGGAACUCAGGAUCAACCAAAUUCUUUAGUGUUUCCGCAAAUUGAUCAAGAUGUGUCUUCUGUUUCUUCAUUAGGAAGUUUAAAUGUAUUGAAAAAUAAGCUGUCCGCCAAAAGAUCUCACGACGAUCAAACUAAAUUCUUCUCUACUGAUGGAAUGCAUAAUCAACCAAAUCCUUUAGUUUCUCUGCAAGUUGAUCAAGAUAUGUCUUCUGUUUCUUCAUUUUCUGUCUCUCAUGAUGAUCAAACUAAAGUCUUUUCUACUGAUGGGACUCAAACUCCACCAACUCCUAUAGUGUCUCUGAAAAAUGAUCAAAAUAUGUCUCCUGCAUCAUCAUUGGGAAGUCUAAAUGUGUUGAAACAAAGAUUGUCCUCAAAACGAUCUGGUAGUAAUCCGAGUAAAGUUGUUUCUACUGACGGAACUCAGGAUCCACCAAAUCCUUCAGUGUCUCUGAAAAACGAUCAAAAUAUAUCUCCUGUUUCUUCAUCUGGAAGUCUGAAUUUACUUAAAAACAGGUCAUCCUUAAAACAAUCUGGUAGUGAUCAAAGUAAAGUCUCUUCUACUGAUAGAAUUCAGAAUCCGCCAAAUCCUUCAAUGUCUACAAAAGACGAUCAAAGUACGCCUCCCAUUUCUUUAUCUGGGAGUCUAAAUUUAUUGAAACAGAAGUUGUCUCCAAGAGGCUGUCAUCCAAGUCAAGUUUUUCCAACAGGUUUAACUCGGAAUUCGCAUCUUCAUCAACCCCCUGUAUUUUCAAGAACGCCAAAUGCAGAUCAAAUCAGUUUUGGCAAUUCUGCCUUUGCAUCUAUUCAUUCCUCAUCUCCAAGAAUGUUUUCUCUAUUACCUAGGCUGCAAUACAGUGAUGAAAAUAGACCCAACAUUCAACAUACUAUCAAUUCUUCUCAAAAUUUAAUUUCUAAUAAUAGCACAUUGACUUCUGUAAAUCACUCAUCACAACCUAUUUGUUCUGUAUCACCAAAAAUGCCAAAUGUUGUACAAAAUCAAUCUGUGAUUCUAGACAAUACUUGUACUUCUCAGAAUAGUUUAUCAUUCGUACAAAAACAUUCCUUGUCACCAAAUGUGGCAAAUGCUGAGCAAUAUAAUCUUACUACUGAUUCCAGUAGUAUUCCUUCUUCUGAAGUUGUGCCAUCUUCACCGCAAAACAUUUCAUCACCAAAUAUGGAAACUGCUUCACUACAAAAUCAAACACUUGCUCCAAUCAGUAUUGUUACUUCAAAAAACCAUUCUAGUCUUUUGCAAAAUCAGUUUUCACCAACUGCAUCAACUAUGGAUCAGAAUAAAUUUGUGGACCCUUCUAAAUCUGAGGUUGAUUUAUCGAACGUAUCAUUCAAAUCGUCCAGUGAGUUCACAUCAGAAUCAAUACAUCCACAUGAAUCAAGUGAACAGAAAGAUAAUGAAAAAUGUGAAGUAAAACAAGUUUGCAAUGACUUCAUUGAAGAAAAGGAAAAAAGCAAACCUACGUGUAAAACUACUAAUGUGAAUAAAAUUGUGGAAAAUAAUACUGAAAGUGGCUUUUCGGCAGAAUUGAAGCCUACUAUUAAUAAGGGCUUACCAGAAAAAUUCCUGAAUUUUAAAAAGCUCUUAACUUCAAGAAAGUCAUCAAGUAAAGCUCUUGUGAAAGAAAAGGAAGGAAAUGGAAACUCAUCAGAAUCAUCUCUGACAUCUUUAGAAAAUUUACCUAAUUCAAAUCAAUCUGACAGUAAUUCACAAUUAGUACCAUCUACUUUUGAAUGUAAAGAGUCUUCUUUGUCUGUUGAAGAAAAUGAAACCACAUCCCAGCCUGCUGAUUUGUGUGAUGUAACUUCUCAUGAAAAAAAUACUAUCUCCUUCUCAAGGUAUAAAGAUAUACUAAUGAAAAAGAAACUGGCUGCUCGUGGUCUUAAAAGAGAUGAGCGUAAAGCAGUAGAGGCUUCAUCUUCGCAAAAAGUUGAAUCUAUGAAGAAUACUUCAGAAAGUGAUAGUGACAUUCUAGUCAGUCCUGUUGCCAAAAUUGAAAGUGGUAUUAUUGAACCAGAGUAUAACAGGAGCCGUGAAGUUGAAUCAAAUUCUGAAAAUCUGAAUUAUAAAAGUGAAGACGAGACUUUGUCUAAUAACAAAACUCUGAGGGAAGAUCAUUCAGAAGAAACAUUGAGUGAAAUUGAUAAUGCAUCCUGCAUCUCUGGUCGUCUGAAUCAAAAUAAUGUUACUUUAUCUGAUCAUAGUACCAUGUUAUCUGAUAUUUCCGACACUGAUGACGUAUUGUUAGCAACUUUAAAGCAAAAAAACCAUGAUAGAAGCAUCUCUGACAAAAGUGAAGGCUGUGAUACACAAGAUGAAGAUUUUACACCGAAUCAUACUCACACAACUAACAUGGAUUUCUCAAGUCUUUGGGAAAAACAAGAAGUUCCAGCUCUUCAAAUAGGUGAUGCACCUCCUGCACCUAUAAAAACUACUGAUGAAGCAAAUUUUCCGCCAAGUUUAUGCAAAAUCUUGAAAAGUAUAAAAUUCAUUGGGCCUACAUGUAUACAAUCUGUGGUAUGGCCUGCAGUGCUGAGACAUCGCAAUGUAAUUGCUAUAGCUCCUCCGCAUGCUGGUAAAAGUGUGGGCUACAUACUGCCGAUAGCAUCUCAAUUUCAUUCCUUACAUUAUGAGGAUCUUCCUUCUGCAAAUGGGCCUAUUGCAAUAAUCCUUUGUUCAUCGUGGAAAGCUGUUCAAGAUGUUUAUGAACUGUGUUACUUAUUUAUGCAAAAUGCUCAUGUGAAAAUCAUUACUCUAUAUGCUGAUGGUAGAAGGUUUCGAAACAAGAUGACGAAUAUUUUGAAUGGGUGUGAUGUACUGAUAGCCACUCCGUAUGAAUUUUUACAAGCAUUGCAUGACAAAGUUGUGGAUUUUUCCCGGUGCUGCCAUCUUAUUAUGGAUGACGGGGACAAAUUAGUUACCCAUAAUAAAAAAGAGCUUAGAGACAUAUUAUUGACCUUUGUUGAAGAAGCAAAAGAAAAACGUCUUGAAACUGUUCCAAGUUUGGUGCUAUGUGCAGAAAGAUGGAAUAAAACUUUUGCUUAUAUAAACAAAACACUUAUGACCUGCCCAAUUUUAUGUUUUACUUCGUUUUUAGAAGCUGCCAUUUAUGCAGAAGUGCCUUUCUUUACGCAUGUUUGUACACCAUCAGAGAAGAAAUCUACUCUAUUAAGUAUUUUAGAGAAUGCUAAUGUAGUUAUUUCUGUAACAAAAGCUGAAGAAGCUUUAGAUCUAUAUAACUUUCUUAGUUGUGAAAGUAUUAGAACACAUCUUGUGACUGAAAGAAUGGAGCAUCAUACCUCCUCAGAAAAAAUUAAGGAUUGGAAGUCUGUUCAUUCAACCAUUUCUCCAAAUUGUCUGAUUAUUACUGAUGCUGCACUAACAUUAAUGCCUGUUAGUAAUGCUAAGUGCCUUAUCCAUUAUGAUGUACCAAAAGAAUCCAGGCUGCAGUUUGGGAAUCGCUUCAGUUGCAUUGCUGAAAAUUUCUUACACAAGGAUGAAGAGCUUCAUCACUCUUGCCAUGUUUUAAUAUCUGAAUAUUGUCCAUUGUUGGCUUCGUCUUUAAUUGAUGUUAUAAAGAGGAGUUGUGGAUAUAUUCCUGACAUCUUGAAGAAAAUUGCCAAUGAAAAUGAAGAACAUCUAAAUACAACUUCUCCCCUGUGUCAAUACAUGAAAGCUUUUGGAUGCUGUAAACAAAAAUCAUGCCAACAAAGACAUGUAAUUGAUUCGACAGUCGAUGCACCCAAAAUUGUUCCUAAAGAGGGAGACAUUCAAGCGUUAGUUACUCAUGUAACUGAUGCUAGUCAUUAUUUUGUUCGAUUACUGAAAUACUUACUGCCCGACAUGGAGAAUGCAGUUUGUCUGAGUGCACAAUAUGCAAAAACAGGAUUUCUUUUGAAGGAAUUUUAUGCAUCUGAAAGUAAUAGGAAAGUUGUGGAAGAUGUUAUCAUUGGUGAAACUUAUGUUAUUGAAGAGGAUAUGUUAUUUUAUAGAGUAAAGGUUUUAGAAAUUCAAACUCUCAAGUUUGACCAAAGAAAAAUUAAACUGUUAUUCAUUGACGAAGGUUGGGUUAAAUUGUGUACAAAUGUGACAUUAUAUGCUCUUCCGGAUAACUUAGAACUACCUUCGCCAGUUGUGGUGGAAGUGUAUUUAUGUAAUGUCCUCACACUUGACUCUUGCCCUGAUUGGAAUCCUCAAGCAAAUCAUUUUGUUUCAAAAUUGAUUCUGGGAAAAGAAAUAUAUGGCAAAAUUAUGCUUUGCAUUGGAGAAGUUCUGUGGUUGCAUCCUAUUGCACUGAGAACGAAGCUCAGCUUUCUUAAUGAAUAUUUGAAUGUCCAAAAGAUUAACAAAGCUCUGGUUGAAAAUGGCUUUGCUAAAGAAAAUAGAAACCAUCUGAACUUGUUACUUUCAGCAUGUGAAGGAAAAGUCUCUGUCCCUAAAGUAAUCAAUGAAUUUCGCAGAACUGAAGAUACGUCCAUGGAGCAACCUCCAAUAAAUUAUGCUUUCUUGGAGUGUAAUGUGGAAGAGGAAGUUUACGUGUCUAGUGUGAUCUCACCUCAUCAAUUAUACGUUCAAAGAAAGAAAUUCACUGACUGCUUGGAUGACCUAAUUAUGAAAAUUAAUGAUGGUGUAGGAAAGAACAAGUAUCUCAAGUGUAAAAACUUCCAUUUAGGCAUGUAUUGUAUUGCUCCAUUUCAUGAAGACAACAAAUUUUAUCGGGCAUUGAUAACAGAUGUUACAUCUGAAAGUGAAAAUGUAGAUCUAUUUUACAUUGACUUUGGUGACAAUGGAGUUGCCUUGAAGAAAGACAUUUAUGUAAUUGGACCUGAAUUGUUGCUUCUGCCAUUCCAAGCAAUUGAAUGUGAACUCCGUGAUGUGAGUGCAACUCAUGGUGGAUGGUCAGAAAAAAGUAUUGAUUAUUUGACAGAUUUAACUAGAGAUAAUGAGGGCGAUAUGAAAAUUCUGACACUGAUGGCGUACAAAAAAGAUUCCAGCUAUAGUAGUGGUGGUAAUCACUACAUUGUAGAUAUUUGGGAUGGUGCAAAAUCCCUUUCACAAUGUCUUGUCCAAGCUGGGCUUGCUGAACAAGUUGAGACAGUGCUUCCUGCUGAACUCCCCCCAGAAACACAAACACAACCUUUAGAAGAGGAACCUCCAGGCUAUGCAGAAUCCAGCGAUGACAGGGAUCCUGAGGAUAAGGACUGUGAAGCUCUUUUUUGCUGUGUCUUAUCCAAACUUCUUCUUGAGGGUCAUAAAUACUCCAGUGCUAAAGAUGCAGUAACAGAAGCUAUUCAAGAAAGGGAGUCUCAAGCCAAGUCUCAGGCCGUAAUAACUGAAGAAAAAGAUGAACAUGAAUCUCACUCACAUGCACGAAAUUGUAGCAGUGUCUCUGAAAGUAGAGAUAAGAAAUGCUCUGCACCAUUCCAAUCAAAGCACCCCUACAUAUUGAAAAUACUAAACCGUUGCCCGAAGUUAAUACCAAGAAGGCCAUUAAUUUCAUGGUGGGAUACACCCAAUCAGCUGUACAUUACAAUUAAUGUCAAAGAUAUUACAACUUACAAUUUGGAGUUAAAUGACCAUGGUUUUAAAUUUCACACUUCUCUGAAGAAUGCCGUCUACAGUGCAGAAGAACAAUUUUAUUCCAAUGUUCAUUCUGAAACUGUUGUAAAACUGCUCACUGCUCAAGCCCUGAAUCUCACACUUCAUAAGCAAGAAGCAGAAAAAUGGCCAAGAUUCACAAAAGAACUUCGAAAGUUUCUGCACAUAAAAUAUAAUUGGGAACAUUUGGAUGAUUCAGAAUCUGAUGAAAGUGUCUGUCGUAACUCAACUGCCGAAAACAAUCGUCCAAGCAAGGACUGUGAUAUUGCCCCAUUUCCCUCUGAUGAAAGUAAUGAAAGUAGCACUGAUCAUGAGGAAAAAUAUGUUGAACCUUGGAGGAAAAUGGCAACAUACAAAGACCCAUAUGAUCCUCUGGAUUAAAUCAAUAACUGUUAUUUUGUGGGACACGUGCAUAUUUUUAUAUGUAUAUCUUUUUACCAUUUGUAAAUUAAAUCAAUUGUAUUUUUUAGCAUUUUAUUCAAAAUUUAGUUUAAUCGGAAUUAAAUGACUGCUAUUACUAUUAACUGAUUUUAAUCUUGUUUAGAAUUAUUUGAGAAUUUUAAUAAAUAUAAAUAUUUACACUGUA